AAAAAUAUUUAUACUCCUCUAUCUAUCUAUCCCUCUUCUAUUUUAUUUUGAUUUUCUAUUUUGCGCCACGUUUCUUCACUCAAGAGAUAGUGAUUGAGUGGGGAGGAAUUUGUACCUUGGGUUAUCUGGACUGCAGUCGCCUGUGGAAUGUUACAGAAGAUUCCCGAGGGGAUCAAGAGAUAAAAAAAGAAUCCCACCAACCGAGCAUCUGGUUCUUCGCACGACAGGAUCGACGAGAAUCGCUCGCUGGAUCUGGAGCACGAAAGCAUCGUUGGGGAUACAGAGAGCUUCCGAGCGCGAGAGAUAAGAAUCGAAAUCGCUGGACGGGUCUUUGGAACUUCCGAUUUACCAUUAGCGCACAAGCACCCCACGUGGUCGUCGGAAGCUCAAGAUGUAUGUCGACGGCGAUACACUUACCAUGGCGUCGCGAUCGCGCUUCUCGCAGCUGUUUUCAACGCCCCCGAAAAUAGCUGAGGAGCUGAGUGCGGAAGGGAUGGGGAAGAAGCAGCCGGAAAGAAAAGCGCAGGCGCGGCAUUCAGGCAUAGAAAUUUGGAAAGUGGUGCUUGGGAUUUUCGAUCUGGAUCGAGAGAGGAAAGGGGAGAAGGCGAAGCAGCACAGACGGCAAUGCUCUGCGCCUGUCGUAUUGGAAGCUUCCAGGGUAAAGGGGGACGGAAACCCAGAGGAAGACAGCAGCACCGCACCGGUCAUCGUCCAGCGGCGCUUCUCAAAGCCGAAUAAAGAGGCUGAGGCCCCGCACAGAAAACGCAACAGAUUAUCCCAAUGGAUCACCUCCCGGACCCCAGAACCGCCAGAGGUGGCCGCCAAAGUGAAGGUGAUCCACAAGCACGAUAGUAAGCUCAGCUCACCGUCUCCAUCACCUAUUCCCACACCACCCCGCACUCCUGGUAUCGUCCUCACGCCGCGCGAGCGCGACGUCCUCUUGCACCACCUCAGCGGGAUGGUCCAUCGGCUCCGAAGACUCGAGUACCAGACUGCGCAGUUCAGCAAUAAUGUGGGGUUGCUGCUAGCGCGGAAGGAGAGGAGUAUUCUGAGGAGUAGGAGGUAUGGGGAGGCGAGGGCGAGGAUGCUCUUGCGGAUCUUGAGUCGAGUCAGAAAUUGCGCGGCGGGGACGUUUGGGAGGAAGAUGGUGGUGUUGCAGCGGGCGCUGAGGAGUUGGGGGGAGCUAGGGGCGUUGUUGGAGGAAAGGGGGGGAGGGGGAUGUGAGGGCUGGGAUGAGAGGGGGGUUCGGGAAGCGAUUCAGGGUCUAAGGGAUGAUUUGCGGAAACAGAAGGAGUUGGAUGAGAUACUGAGGGUUUGUAUCGAGGGGGCAACGGGAGAUGAGAGGGUUGUGAAGAAUGAGAGCGAGAGCGAGAGUGAGAGGCUUGCUGUGAGAAGGUUUGUGUCGUUUGUGAGGGGCAGGAUGGGCAGGUUAGCAUGGGAGUACUCUAGUUUGGAAAAGGCAAUGCGGCAUUUGGAUAAUGUGUUAGGGACUUUGGGAAAAGGUGAGAUAGGAGAAUGAAUUUAUGACUUAUGAAGUUAU